AUGAACUCUCUGUUAGCGCCUUUCGCGCCACUGCUCUAUCUAAUUCCUCGGUUUCGUCAAGACCAGGACUGGUCGUAUCGACAGGCACUGACAAACACGUUCAUGAAAGUCUUUCUACGCAUUUUCGUGGCAUUUCGCACAAAACCACCACUUUCCCUCAAGCCAGGUCUAGACGGAGACCGCUUCGUCGUGAUAGAGCCAGGAGGACCAGAGCUCUACACCGGCAUCACAGUAGAUGACGAGAUCCAGCCAGUGCCUAUAGGAGGUACUUGGUUCCCAUCGCUCUACCAAUACAACACAACAACCACCCAAGACAAGCCCGUCGUCCUUAACUUCCACGGCGGCUCUUACAUCAUCGGCGACGGCCGCACAUCAUCCUGCCAGUUCCUCGCCAACAGUUUGCUGGAUCACACACCAGUAAGCCACGUCUUCAGCGUACAGUACCGACUAGCCUGCAACCCCAACGGUCGUUUCCCCGCCCAACUCCAAGACGCCAUCUCCGCCUACUCAUACCUACUCCACACCUUACACAUCCCGGCAUCUCGCAUCGUUUUCAGUGGCGACAGCGCAGGUGGCCACCUCGUCCUCGCACUCCUGCGUUACAUCAGCGACUAUGGCGAAAAGCAGAUCCUCCCACCACCAAUAUGCUCGUGGCUUUUCUCGCCCUGGUGCGAUAUCCCCGGCGCCCGCAACAAGGAUCUCUGGAAAAACGUUCCCAAUGUGCAUGCGGACUAUAUCCCCCCUUCGUUCCCUGCGUGGGGUGCGAAGCAUUUGAUCGGUAACCUAGAUAUCACUAGUGAGUUUGAGCCGUAUCUUGCGCCGCUCUGGCAUCCCUUUGUUCUUCCUUCGCCUGCUUUGAUUGUUUCCGGUGGCAGGGAGGUUAUGAAUCAGGAACAUGAUCGGUUGGCGAGAAUUUUCGGUGAAAUGCAGCAGAAUGAAGGUCGAGUGGAGUAUUUUGUGCAGGAUCAUUUGCCGCAUGAUAUACUCAUGGUUGCUUGGAUUCUGAACUUCCGAAAAGAGGCUCAUAUGUGUGCUGUUAAAGCUGGGGUGUUCUUGACGAGGAUGCAGGCCAUGUCGGAGUGGGAUGGAAUUGAGGUUCCUUCUGUGGCUUUUGAGCCACGAUGA